AUGGACAACACCGAGGAACUACAGGAGAUGAGGCCGUGUGCAGGAGAGGUGCAACGAAGAGUGCAGGAGUGGGAGAUACAAAUCAUCGCAACAUCAGCAGGAAUAGGCCUUAAAAACCUCUGCCAGGCAUACUUUGACAUGGAAGAGUCUCCUGAGAAGGAGCAGGCAAGAAAAGAAAUCCUCCAGUUCCGAGAAUCCAGAGAGAACUUCAGGAGCCGCCGCACACAGAUGCUCCCAGAGGCGAGCUGUACUCCAAUACAGGAGGAGACAGUGGAUAGCUCUCUAGGCACAUCACUGACUACCUUCCAGCAAACAGAGUCUCCUGAUUUCAAGCCGUGUGAGAUAGAUGAAGUGCAGAUGGAGAAUCCCUUCAGUGGCGAUAAUAAAGCAGAUGCGGGCAUAGAAGAGAGCAUAAAGCGAGAGAUAAUACGGCAGCUGCAGGAAAAGAAUAUUUAUUCAAUCGACACAGAGUCUUUGGAAAAAAAGCCGUGGAAGGAGACAAUUGGCUAUUUGCUGGACAUAGUAAAGACCUCUCACGCGAUGCCUGUGUAUGUCUCUCGAAAAUCAAAACAAAACCACGCGGUUUGCUUCAACUGCGAACAAAAGGGCCACAUUGUCAAACACUGCCCCUCUAAAACAAAAAAACAGAAGAAGAAACACUUCUAA